AUGGUGCAUGUAACGAAGCCCGUAGUUAUUGCUGGCAUCUCGGCCGCAGCAGCAGUUGCUAUCCUCAUCUAUGCUAUCGUCCGAAAUGGAAAAACAAGCUCGCAGGACGCAAAAAAGAGCAAGCAGGACGACAGCGUACGCGAGAUUCCAAAUCUACACAAAGAACAACUUUUGAGUAUUUUGGAAACCAUUUGCACACAGAUGGGCCAAGUCGUGAUGCAAUUGGCCAAAUUAGAAGCUAAAAUUCGUCAGGAAUCGUCUCAAAGCGGUCGCUCACUACCUGAAGAUCAACUUGCUUCGUAUCUCAUGGGUCAGUUUGAGGAGGCAAUGAAGGCCAUCGAGUCACAGGUUUACGCGAAGUUUCAGACGACUGAAGAGGAAGUUAAGGAGGCAACCGAGUAUUUUGAAGAGGAAGACGACAAAGACGUUGCCAAUGCUGUGGCAAAACUUCAGGAGCUUUACCGCGUUAUGACUGGCGGUGGAUUUAGUGAUGUUGAUGUUCCUGCCGAGCUCACGCUCACCAAAUUUAUUGAGAUCAUGCAGGAGACGAUGGAGUCUCUUAAUGUGGCGAUGGAAGAAGUGUGUCUCGAGGUUAAGGAAUUAAAUCCUGACAAUAAGGAAGAAGCCAUCAAUCAGAGAUAUGUCAAGCGCGCAGACAACCUUUCAGCUGAAAUCCACGCCAAGCACGGUCUCACGCGCGAAGUGCUUCAGGCUGCAAUGAUGAAGUAUCAACAGGAACCGGCGUUUUUGAUGGCCAUGACGGAGCUCCAACAGCAGCAAGCGGAGCGUUUUGCAGCGGCAGCCGCUAUCUUUAAUGGUGAGGUCAACAUGGGGUUGACCGAACGCGAGAAGAGCAUUUUUGAUCGCUUUUUCAAUCUGAAUCUCCAGGCAAAACUUUUUACGGCAGCCAUGCAGCCAGACCGUCUGGAAGGGUGGAUGGUUCGACAGGUCGAGCGUUCUGACCUGGCAGCAGAAACGUCGGCUCAAUCACCAUCUCCAAAAACCUUAAGUCGUGCACCGCUACUAACUAGAGUCAAAAGAUCAACAGCUGCUACGCCUCGUAGAUCAAAUGACACAUGCCAAUCUGUUGUGACUGUCUCAGGUCAAGAGGAGGGCACGAGUUUACCUUCUCACGUUUUCUUAGCUCCUGUCAACAAUUCAGAUUUUCCAAGUCGACGAAUAAAAAAAUCUGACGAAAAGUUAAAGGAACGAUGGCGCACAGGAAGUUAUGAUCAAAGAUUGGCGUACAUUGAAGGAAAUUGUGUUGAUCGAACCAAAGUGCUGCAUAACUUGCUACCAAAUCAGCGAGAAGCUGACAAGCUAUCCCCUCUUUUAUUGCGGGAACUACCUCGCGAGCAUAUACUUGAAUCAAUCUACCAAUCCGUUCUUUCAACACCUUGGACCACCUCUCGUCGUCCUUUGGGCGAGCUAGAGGCCAUGACAAGUGAGAUAGAUGAAGCAGCGCGUGUGCGUCGUGUUGUAGCCGAUGUACUAGCGACUGCUCCAUCAAACAUUGUGAAGAAACAUAAGUCCCCUCGAGCUCCAUUUACUCCACGAAAUCAAUACAAUUCAGCCGAAACUGAUCUAAGUCAUUAUAAAGGAGGAGAAUUGACAAGUCCACGCAUUCGAAACGUACUUGCACUUUCAGCUACAAUACUAAAUCCAAGGGUAUCACGGGUCACGUCAAGAUCAGAAGAGAGCAAAAUUCAAAAGUUUAUCGCUGAGUUGCGUGCAGAUCCAGCACUGUGGGCAGCAUUUCAGCAUGAUGUUGAGCAAAUACAACAGCAGUAUCGACGUAAAAAUGAUAUAUGUGAUAAAAUUCGCGUGAAUAAAGAACUGGCGAGAACACCUCGGUCCGUUGAAGAUCAUGAAUCGAGAAAAAAGCAGACUGCCGAGCGAAUGGAGCGCACUCGGCAUCAACGAGAGCAUAUCUUACAAUUGAGAGACAAGCAACUGGAAGCAAAACGAGAAAAAUACAUACGACGUGUGAAUCCGAGCCAAUUUUUAUCAGCGGCGGAUCUUGAACAAUCGGUGCAUUAUCGACGGCGUAAAAUGUGGCUUCACGUGGCAUCUUUUGUGGUCGUGUCGCACCGCUGGCAUCAACAACUAGUGCAGUCCAAGGGAUUAAAAGCGAUGGCCAGAAUACGAAGCAUUGCGGCAGCUACGAUUCAGCGUAUCUGGCGUAAGUGGAAACGGCAGUAUGCAUCGCAGCACACAGUGGUGGUUUACACGUGGCUGCGAAAAAGUAUGUGGAAAAAGCUUUUGAGAUUACGAUGUCGUCGAAAAGGUCGCCAGGCUUUGUUGAUACGGCACUUCAUACUCGACCACUGCAGUGUAAGUAACGCUCGACGAAACCUAAAUCUCCUCAUGGUGCAAUGGCGACGCAAGGUUAUACGUGCUCAACGAGCCAGCAGAUCUUUUGUUGUCUGCAAGCGGGCUCGACUGCAAGCUUUAUCAAUUUGGUUUGACAAUACUGAUCAUGAGCGGCUACGGAUGGAUCGCCAAGUGAGUAAUGAAGAAAGACGCUUGACUGGCCGGAAAGACUCGAUGAGUAGUAAUUUUGGGUCUGGUAACGGUGUUCCUGGCUCGGCAAGCGCACAUCGACCCCGCAGAAAUUCAGUUGUAGUGCUUGGAGGCAUGGACGAGAAGCGGGUGAGCACGCAAAUGCUUAUCACUCCUAUGGAGCUUCAACGCCUGCAACAAUCGUCAAUACCAGUUGUGAAGAUUCCAAAGGUCAUCAAAUGGCAACUCUUGGCAGAAUUUCUCGCCGAGUCAAGAAAUGAGUUUCAGCAGAAACAGCAAGCAUACCGAGAAAAACUUUCGUGUGCCGUUCAUACCAGAGAAGUCAAGCUAGAGGAAGCCCGUGCAAUCUUUCAAGGUUCCUUAAGUUGGAAUAAGACAGCCGAGACGAACACCCCUGAGUCUCGAAGUAAAAACAAGGCCAUCCAGCCGCCGUGUUUUUCUCUUUUUUCGGACUUGAAUGCUGCUAAACGGAUGGAAGAUCUUGUUCGUCGUGGUGUUCAGCUCACAUUAGAGGCUGAUCCCGAAUUACGAAGCCUCAUUGCACGUCAACAAGAGCAACGCUUACAAAUAGCAUAUUCACCAUCUCGUCGGUCUAUCGUCUCCUUUUCGGGUGCAGCAGUAUCGCCACCUGCAGGUUUAGCGACUACCCCGACAUCAUCGCCUCCACGUCGACAAAGCAUUUUAAAAAAGUCGGCGUAA